AUGGCAAAAUUGCAUAGGACCUUUCCUCCAACAAUCCUAAUAGGAGUUGCACUUUUAGCAUUGCUCUCUAACAAUGCCAAAACAAUUGUAGCUCGCUUUGUUCCAUUGACAACAUCUCAAACAAAUGAUAAUCAACCUCAGAAUCCAACAUGCUUGAAACUUGGAUGCAUCAAGGAGCAUCAAAAUAAUCUAAAUCCAACAACACAUGAUCGUCCAUUGCAACAUGGUAAUGUUAAUCAUAUUUUUAGAGAAAGUCUAGAAGGUCCAUAUGUGAGACAUCACAAAUCCUUGCGUCCCAAUAAUAUCGAUCGUAUUUUACGAGAGAGCCCAUCUGGUCCUGAUCCUCAUCACCAUCAUUAA